UUACCGAGUUGACAAAAGACAUCCGCUAGAACGCGCCUAUUGAUUUGAACGUUGACAAACCCAUUCUAUUCAUUCUAUUUCUAUUUUACCUUCGCGUGAGACCAAGCCGCGCAAGUGUUACCAUGGUGACCAGUGAGAGUUCAAGAAGUGAUUGUGAAUCCAACAACUAAAUUGCGUAGGUUUGAAACCAUAAUCUAUUUUUGGCUAAUUGUACUAGAGUAAUGGGCUUCUAGGCUGGUUCGUCGAACUAUUAUUGGGACAAAAUAUGAGUUCACGUAGUACUAAGAGCCCAGGGAAAACUAGAGCCAAGGCACCGUCGAAGGGAGCAGUCCAAUCAUCAGAGGCAGGUGCCUCCCCCCAGCGCAGACAGAGCACUGGUGUGACCCAGGGUGGCCAGUCCAAAGGCAAAGCUGCUGCUGCCAAGACACGACAUAACACCUCUGCCAGUGCCAAGACAGUGCAACUACCAAAGAAAAAUGUAGAGCUGACUCCAGAGGAGCUAGCUGCAGUGACCAUCCAGCGGGCCACUCGAGGCCUGCUGGCCAGGCGAGAGCGGGUUCGGAGACAGAAGGAAAAACAGGACCAUGAAGACCUUAUGGAUCGCUUGGAGAAAGAGGCUUUUGUGGCACUAGUACGAAGAGAACAGGAAGAGGCAGAGUGGAAAAGGAAGAAGGAGGAGGACGAGAGAAAGAGGAAGAAGGAAGAGCAGCUUCUGCAAACUCAACUUCUGGAAGCAGCGUUCGAUGGAGAGGCAGAGGAAGUGUUAGCAAUUUUGAAGGAGGUCUCUGAUAGGGACACAAAGCGUGGCCUUGGGUUGGAUGAAGCAGGCAAACGCCAGCGGCUGCUAAACCAACUUUUCAUGAUUAACAUCACAGAUGCCAAUGGCAACACAGCAGUGUCAGAAGCAGCAGGUGGUGGUCAGCCGGAAGUCAUCACCUUAUUGGUGGAAAGGGGUGCAGACAUAAACACACGGGGUGCAUUUGGACGGACUCCAAUCUACAGAGCUGCGUUUGGAGGCCAUCUUGGGGCAGUGCAGACUCUUCUACAGCUUGGGGCAGACCCGAGGACCCAUGCAGAUGAUGGUAGCACUCCAGAGCAGGUGGCUUCUGAAGAGGCUGUGGUUGCCACUUUACAGAACUGGGAUCUGAGUGCCACUGACUCCAUGCUGUCGAAGAUGAAGGCAGAGGAACAGAGGAGGGCGGAGAAAGAGGAAAAGCAGAACGAGGCGGAGACUGACCGCCUGAAAGGGGAGGUGGAUCAACUCCAGAAAGAGCAUGAGCGAUGCCAAAGAGAGCUGCAGAAAGCCUUCGUUGAGCUGAAUAAGAGGAUCACAGAACACGAUACAUGUGUGAGGAAGGGUAUGGAGGAGCAGGCUAAAGUCACCUUGCUGGUAGUCACUGUACUUUUUUAGCACACUGCUAAAGUUCUAUUGUCUCAGUACUGAAGUAAUGAUGUAUGUAUUGUCUCAGUACUGAUGUAUGUAUUGUCUCAGUACUGGUGUGUGUGUGUGUAUGCGCGUGUGUGUGUGU